GUGAAACUUCAGCGUUAUCCAUUUAAUGACAAGCAAGAGCUUGUUUGUUAUCUAUGAAAGUCGCGGGUAGUCAAAUCGAUGGAAAACAACUUCCUAGAGGAAAAUGCUGAGGGUGUAGGAGUCGAACAAGAAGACUCCACCGAUAGUGAAUUAGAGGAGUUAAACGCUCGCGUUCCGUUUGACAUUCCUCCCCGAGAUUUUCCCAGACACCUUGCGAGGAAUAAUUUAGAACCGCAGAGGAAUACAGCAAGAAACAGAAUGGAUCAUAACAUUCGCAGAGACGUUCGCUCGCCUCCAAUUAUUCAGAAGCAACGAAACAAAGUGGUGACCCAGAUUUUACCAAGAAACGCUCAAGUGGCUGAUUAUACGACCGACAAAAUUACCCUUGUAGUUGACGAUACACGUUUUGUUGUGGAAAGAUCGCUGUUCAUCGCUCAUCCAAACACCAUGCUCGGGAGGUAGGGCAUUUUAUUCUUCUAAAUGAGUUAGCGUAAAUAGGCCGGAGAUUAAAAAUGGGCUGUAAGAUGUGAUAUUUUAAUUCAAGUUUUUAUAGCUCACGUUGUUCAUGCAAUUAAACUUAAGCCAUAUUCUUAGGCUUUGUUCCGCUUGUUCACAGAGUUGAAUGUGAAGUCGUGUCCUUGUUAAUUGAGUUCACUGGUCAGUGAUGCGCAAGUCUGCAUUUAUUUUUUUCUCCUUAUUGUUAUAAUAUUAAUAUUGUAAUAAUAAUAGUACAUUGUAAUAAUGUUCUAUUUGUUAUUAUUUCUUCAAAAUAUUGCUCAUUGAUUAAAAUCCUUUGGUGAUUGUUAUACAUGUAGAUGUCAGUUGAGUUCAGCAAUGGGUUUAGCAUUAGUUUAGUAUUAUGUUAUUAUUUUGUUAUGGCUGGUUUUCACAAGCAAAGGAGUUGGGGUCAGGUUUUAAGCAGAGUUGUAAGACUUUAUGAAGUAGCAAACGUACUGUAAGGCUCUGUUCAGCCCCUGAAGUUAUCAUGAGUCCAACCUAAUACAUUGAAUUAAGUACAAGAAAAUUUUGAUGUUUUAAUCAGUGAGGAGCGCCUAGAAUUAAUAUUAUUGGGAAUGUCUUUAUCAUUUAGGAACAGCUCAGCUGUUCCUCCCGCCAAGCCCAACCGGAGAUUUUUACUUUGGAGCAACGUUGGAAGGGCUUCGAUUCAGAUGCUGAACUUUUCAUGUGCUGAACCAAAUGCGUAAAUUAUCACAGCAUAUUAUCUUUGCACUCAGUUUAACUCAGAGAGCAUUUUUCUCCUUUGAAUUUACUUCAGUGUCUGAAUCAAUGCAGCUGGUCUGAAUAAUUUGGGUCGGCUUUAAACUGAAUUAGGUUCAGGUCAUGAAAAGUUCGGUGUCUGAACCAUUCAUAAGAUAAAUUGUUUAAAUUCUUAAUAAAUUCAGGUUGAUCCAAAGCUGUUUUUCAGGUUGAUCUGACGGUUGAACUGUUUACUAUAACACUUUCAGUGAAACAAUUAAGCAAAUUAAUAGUAAUAAAUUUAGCUAAUGGUUAAUCCUACAGGUCAACAAAUUUUGGGGCUAGUUAUUAUGACUAGUACAUUGUAGCUGCAGCUUGCUCUUACUUUCUUUGCACUGGCCUGCAUUAUUGGAGUCAUAAGCUUGACGGAAUCAGCGUUGGAACAUUUCCAUUUGUUUCCAAUUCUGCUAAUGAGUCCAUUGCUUAUGAUCCAGAGUGAAAAAGAGAAAUGUCUCAACUGGAGGCAAAAGUGGAAGGAAAAUCAGUCAAAAGGCUUAUUCCCACAAUUUCUUAUUUGUUUGUUCUUCCACUUCUGCUCUUUUAUUAACUCCUACGACUUAUUUUUCACUAAAUCAUAAGCGACAGGGUCAUAAGCAGGAGCAUAAAGUUGUUUUCACUAGAUCAUAACUCCUUACAAUUCUGAUUACAGCUCCCACUCUAGUGAAAACCAGCUAUUAUGAAUAAAGAGCACAAUCAUGUACACUGUACUUUAUACUAUUUUUAUGUAAAAGGUCAUGGUUGUGACCGGAACUUAAUCCUGGAAAUCAAAAGAAGUUGUAAUAUAAAAAUUAUAAUAUCAGGGUUCUCUUUAAGUUUAGAAUUUUGGUACAGAUGUAGUAGGAGGAAAGUGUAAUGUUACAGGAGAAUGUUUUGAAAGAGGCUCCACGUCUGAAUGAAAAAUGGUCAUUAAUGGUCAUAGGCUAUCAAGCAUUAGCAGGAGAAUUCUGCUCAGUAAAUGGAGGAUUCUCCGGUCUCCGAUGCCUAAUGAACACACUGUAUAGUUUAACCUCCAUGUACGACCACCUCUAAUACGCGACCAUCGCCCAUAAGCAACCACUUAUCCAAAACACAAAAUUUCUUCAGUCAAAGCUUUAUAGUUGGAACUUCUUGUAUUCAACCACCUCUUGUAAACGACACCAACCAUAUUUUAGGAUGAUGGUUUUUAGAAUUUUCCAUUGUUUUUAACCUCUUCUACAUAAGUGAUUAACUGAUACAAUGGUCUGAUCUUUGUGUUUGCUGUUUGUACUAGGCAACUCAGAUUAUGAUAAGAACCUUAUGAAAUAACAUUGAUUUGCAUAUAUUGCAACCUUAAAGUUGUAUGCAAUACUUUCUCUCCAAAAUGAACAUGUGUCCGGACUUCUUCUCAUAAAAGACCUCCUGCAGUUUGACUUGUGUUAUUGACCACCUCCCAUGAGCGACAACUAACUCUUCACAGCUUGGGUGGUUGCUUACCGGAGGUUUGACUGUCUGAUCCCAACAAAAUCUCUUGAAAAUAAUAAAAACUUAACCAUUUUAAGGUAUUUAAAGAACCCUAUGUAUGUUCUUACUUGCUUGUACUGUCUUGCUUGUAUUCUAGAAUGUUUGGUUCGACAAUGGAAUAUACAACAAGAAAUGAAAAAGGAGAAUAUGAAGUAGCCAGGGGCAUCUCUGCUAAUGUGUUCAAGUGCAUUUUAGUAAGUCUUGCUUGCACAGGCUAAUAAAAAUAUAUAGAGUUAUUCAGUAAUAGAUUGAUUUUCAUUUGACAUUGAUGUGGUUAUGUAUGAACAAAACCAGAUCAACAAACAGAAAGGAUUGGUUUAUUGAGCAAAAAACAAACAUGCAUGGCAAAAUGAUUAUUGAAAUAAUGAUAAUGAUAAUGAUAAUGAUAAUGAUAAGUGCAACCAAGGGAAAAGGCAACCAGGGAAAAGAAACUUCCACAAUCUUUAAGGAGCAGGAGGAGGAGAAAAGCAGAAGUACCAACAGAAGGUGCUGGACGUUGAAAUGAGAUCUUUCACUCCCCUAAUUUUGGAACCAACAGUGGGAUGGGAGCCGACUGCAACUGCUUUCUCAAACGCCUAGCCGAGAAGCUCUCAGAAAAGAAUGAGGAAACUUAUCACAUUACUAUUACUUGGAUAAGAACAUUGCUUUGUUUUGAGAUUUUAAGGUCCGUACACACAUGCAUAAGAGGUUCUAGGACACCCUUCCACAAAAUUCCACAAGGAGAUUUCAUUGAUGACCACCGCUUAAACACCACCCAAGCCUGUGUGAUAAUGGCAUGAGCUUGUUAAUUUAGUUUAGUUGAAACAAACUGUUGUUUUUUUAAUGGAAUUAUAUGAUAUAUUUUUUAUGGAAUGAAUUUUUUCAACCGAAAUUAAGUGUCUUUCUUUUUUUUUAAUCGAAAGGAAUAAUGUAAAUAGUGCUUUGCCUGAAUAGUUUUUUAAGUGAAGUUAAUAAUUAUUGUAAAAAGGAUUUUAUAGUUAGCUUUGUUAUCAAGAAAAGGUUUGGGUUUUUAAUAUAAUGAUAAUAAUAAUGAUAAUAAUAAUAAUAAUAAUAAUAAUAAUAAUAAAUUUUAUUCAAGUGUCAUGUAACUUUAGCAUGGUGUUUCUAAUUGGGGACACUGUAACAUAAAUAACAAAAAUAACUAUAAUAAUUAAAUAAAUUAAUUAAUGCAUACACUUAGAUGUGCAGGGCAUCUGACAGGAUGCGGUGGUGCGGAUCUGCAUAAUUGACCAACUUCCGCAUCCUCCGCAUCUUGAGGGCAUUUUUCCGCACAAUACUAAAAAAUUGCUCCAUAUAAGCAAAGGUGGAAUUGCUUACCGUCCUCAGAAGCAAAAUUAGUGAAGAGAUUGAUCAUUUUGAAGAAAUAUUUUGCCCAAAUCAGCGAGAAAAUACUCUGUUUGUUCGUUGCUUGUUCGUACACCACAUUUUUUUAACCCCCAGGCGUUCCAUGCACUUUCUGGGGUGUCCUGGAAACUAGUUUUUAUAAUGCUAAUUUCUAUUGGAUAGAUGGCGUUUGUAUUUUAGCCAAUAGCAGGAACUGAUAGAAACUGCGUUUGAUACGAAAAGGGAAUGCUCUAAUGCCUGGCUGCUAAGCUUAAAAUGUUUCCACGAAUUGAAGAACAAAAUCAUGUCGAAUCUUCGCGUUAAGUCUAAGGAAAAACUGCUUUAAAUGAAGAAAUACCUGUCAAAGAAUGGCAGAAAAAGGUCAAGCAUGAUAACAAGCAUUAUGUUUAAAAGAUGUAAUGAACUCAAAUUCUUGGUAAGAGCUUGUUGAUAUUUCCGUUUAUCGUUUUUACCGUACUUUGCGUUGAAAUGAGCGGCGUAGCCGUGAUUGUUUUGUUAGAAGUGAGCGGCGAAGCCGUGAUCGUUUUUUCAGAAAUGAGCUGCGAAGCCGCGAUCGUUUCGUUGGAAAUUUCCGCAUACUCUGUUGUCUUUUCCGCAUAAUUGGCACUUUCUUCCGCAUAAUAUUGCCCGAAAUUUCCGCAUAAUUUUUCAUUUUUUUCCGCACCCUGUCAGAUGGCCUGGAUGUGUGUGAAUUGAAAAAAUAAACUAAUAUAUACAUACCAUAAGUAAUAGAAAUAUAGAGUUAUAUGUAUAUGUACAUUGUUAAAUUGUAGGAUAAUUUUAGUUUAAGAAUGAAAUAGAAAACAGGCAGUUGGACAUUUCUCAAGCAAAAAACUUUUCAGGUCUAAUUUCUUAAUUUGUCAAGUUUAAAACUGUUCAAGUCACGUUGUGUCCUUACAUUUGAAAAUGGUAUGUCUUAUGUGAUACUUUGUUUGCAGGAUUACUACAAAACUGGAGUGAUUAAUUGUCCACCAAGUGUACAAAUCCCUGAACUCAGAGAGGCCUGUGACUAUCUACUUAUACCAUUUAAUGCUCAAGUAAUCAGAUGUCAGAAUCUAAGUGAGUAAAAUUUUGGCAAAAAAAGUUACAUUAUUUUAUUAUUACAGGGCUCGAAGUUAUCUUUUUAGUGCACUUGCAAAGUUUUGCUAGUAAGAUUUUUUCCCACUGGCAAACUGGUGAGACCACAAGCAAAUUAUUUCCCUUUGUUUGGGAGACAUGGAGUAUUCUAACUCGCAAUCGUUUGCUAGUGGAUAUUUUUCUUACUCGCAGAUUAUCAAAAUCACUUGCAUUUUGCAAGUUUGCGAGCGUUAAUUUCGAGCCCUGUUAUUAUUUAGUUUCCAUGAGAGACACAAAAUCUAGUUCCCCUUCACAGCCACACUUUGGGUACAGCUAUUGUGAAGAACAGCUCUCCAAAAAAACUGUCAGCUGUUUGUUGGUUGGCAUUUACCUUAUAACCAACAGAUCAUCAACAGGUUACCAAAAGUUAACAAAUAGUAUUAAAAUACAACAAGCACAAGUGUGAAGUUGUGUGAAGAGAAAUUAUUUUGUAUUAUUAUCUUCUCCAUGUUUCUUCAGCUUAAAUUGUACUUUGAUUUCUGAUUUAAAUCAACCUGCAAUUCUUGGAUUUACCACUUUGGCUUUAAGUUUAACAUCCCAUAAAAUACUUUCACCACUCUGCAGCAAGCAAGAUUUUUGAAGGGUUGGAAAUGUUGCCAAGUAUGCCCUGGUUAUAGCUAUUUCACAUUUAUGCAAGCUCUCAUACUCAACUCCUUUCAGUUCAGUCUGAGAUUGCAGAUUAAACAGAGAGGUAUAGAGGACUAAUGAUACGAUCAAAGACUAUUCUUGUUGUUUGUACAGAUAAACAACGUUUUCCCACAUUAGUUUAUAAGAACAUCAUUGGGUCACAAAAGAAGAAAUAAAUUUAUGUCUGUCAAAUAGUUAAUAUUGCUCUUUGAAUACCUGCGAACUAGGAUAUAUGUUUCCAUUUAGCCAAAAUGUCCAGUUCAGCUGCAUGAUUAAAAAGGUAAUCUACAUAGUAAUGAAUGUUUUAAUUAUUAUUGAAACUUUCUCCAGCAAAUGUAUUACCUAUGAAGGUAAUCAGUAUGUCAUACAAGGCCUUUAACAUAACAGUGAGAUUGCAACAUCAAACUCUGCAAAAUAAAUCUCGUUUAUCUGACAGGAUUUUUAGCCCUUUUUCUUUGAAAAUAUUGAAUCAACAUUUCAAACCUGAAGUUUUGAAGUACCUCUGAUAAAUACACUGUAUCUCAGUCACAGCUGAGAGAAGCACACUUUGAAUUUUCCAGACAUUUUCUGGAAAAUCCAAAGAAGGGUCCACUGAAGUGAAAAGAUACUAAUCAUCAGUGAAUGUUUUUGUUCUGUUUUGUUUAGGGGAUCUUCUUCAUGAACUGUCAAAUGAUGGUGCCAAAGAUCAGUUUCAGUAUUUUGUAGAACAGUUCAUCCUCCCUGUAAUGGUUUCUUCUGCAAAGGUGAAGUACCCUUUACAAACUGUAUAAUGCACCUGAAAUGCCUAGAUGAUGCUAUUUUUUAACAAGCCAUUGUUUUAAUAAAUAAAUAAAUAAAUAAAUAAAUAAUGAUAAUAAUAAUAAUAAUAAUAAUGAAUAAUAAUAUAAUAAUAAUAAUAAUAAUAAUAAUAAUAAUAAUAACAACAACAACAGUGUUCUCACUAGGAUUUUGCUUUGGGGACAAAGUGAGCCUGCACUCGGAAUGAUCUGUUACUUGAAGCACCUACUUGAUCCAAUAUGGCAGAUGGGGUGUUUGCAAUUUGAUAAUGAUGCAUGCACCAAUUUUUGCAAAGUACAUGGGACCAAUGAAAGUUAGGGAAAUACAAUUGAAGGCUUUGAAUCUGUUGAUAUCAUGUUUUUUAUUCAUUCAACGAAGCAAAAUUCUGGGGUGUUAGGUUGACCAUUAAAACUACUUAGCUGUAGACGUUCUUAAGUGCGUUUGACUCAUAGAAUGCCUCUGCGCCCCAUCGGGCGCAUCUUCUUGGCUUUUUAUGCGCCAUCUCAGAUUUUCUUGUGGGAAUCCCGCACUUCAGCGGCCUGGUGAGAACACUGUGACAAUAACAAUAAUAAUUAUAUUUAGGUCUGACAAGUAUGAACUGUAGAUACUAGAAGAGCAUCUUUUGAGAGCCAGAAAAAUUAACUCAACAAUAUCUUUGACCAAGUUAAGGCAACAUUUAAAAAACAGAAUUUUUAUGACAACUGAAGCAUAGCAUUGUCUAUACAUGUAAGCUUUUAUGAUUGUUCAUUAAUCAGUGGGACUCUUGAGGCGGUUGAACCCUGUUCCACCCCCCGCACAUUGUUUUGAAAAAAUUGAUUAUUUUUUCAAAAAUUUUAGUAUCCAAACAAAAACUGUGUUAUAGCUCCUGGACCCUGGACCCGAUGAUGAAACGCAUCAGCCACUUUGCUCAGAGCAGUCAGCUACUUCCACCCCCCAAAAGAAUAAGCAACUAGUUUUAAUAAUGAUGUAAACAAAAAAACAUAUAUCAUAAAGUCUAAAUGAAACUUAAUUAUGACGUGUUUACCAGGAUGACUGGUUUUACAUGUCUCUUUAGUUAUGCUUUAGUUACACAAACGCUGUAUUUCAGUUAAUUUUUUUCAUGUUUGUUCAUAGGUUUACGCAGAAUUUGUUUAUGUGCAAAUAUACUUUAUAAUUUUGAGUUUUGACAUUUGUUCACUUCUUGUAGGAAUUGAUUGUGUGGCUAUGAAACCUGAAUUAAAGCUAUAUUUUCUCAAAUGAAAAACACACUCUUUUGUACUCAAUUAAGUCCUCAGAAAACUGGAAAUCACAUUUUAGGGCUUUGAAAUUCCUAAAUUUUCUGGCGGAGCAUGCCCUCAGACCUCCCCCGAAGAAGGGGACUAUCAGCUAUGGUUGGUUACUCUAUUCAAACCUGCUGGCUACUUUAAUAUUGUUAUUGAAACUCCUGUGUAUGUUGUGGUUCAAUUUUAUCCUUGGUUUGAAUUUUAUUUCCCUUUGUUUUAGGGUAUGAGGUUAAAACAAAGGGAAGUAAAAUUUAAACCAAGGAUAAAAUUGAACCAGACAUGUAUAUCUAUUCUCUGUACUUUGUAGAAAGGUGAUCGUGAAUGCCACAUAGUAAUACUGACUGAUGAUGAUGUGGUGGACUGGGACGAGGAGUACCCUCCAAGCAUGGGAGAGGAAUAUACUCAUAGUAAGUACAAUCGAUCAUUAUACAUUUCUGGGAAACUGCCCACCUACCCCUCCCCUAAACCAGCAUUUUGCCCUAGGUGAGAAGUAAGUUUUGAUGUUGGCUUAGGGGAGGGGUAGGAGGGCAAUUUCCCAGAAAUGUAUGAUGAUCCACAACGACUCAAUUAUUAUCCAGUUAAACUUUGCUAUUUGUGGCUUCUGUGUUUGUGGGGUUUUGCUUAAGUGAACUUGUGCAUCUGAUUGCAUAAUCCAUAAAUGUGAAUUUCAUUAAUUCAUCUUUGCUGGGGAUAUUAUGAAACAAUUUAAUGACCAGCUCCCAGUUGCUAGUUCAAUUGGUUAGAGUGCUGCACCAGUAUUGCAGAAGUCAGGGUUGGAAUCACCCUGGGCUGGCCCAGUGUGACAUGCUGGUGUGCUACAUGGACAUGUAGGCAGAGAUCUUUCAUGUUAAUAUUAUUAAACAAGACAAAAAUCAGCAUUGUGAUUACAUAUGCCAACCAAGCCAACCAAUUAAUCCCAUAUCCCUGUAGCAUGUUUCCGGGAACCUGCUAAACCAGGUUAGACACUUUUUAAGUAAACAAGCUAGCCAAGCAGGGCCCAGUGAUUCAAAGCUCAGCAAGGGGUAUGGGUAAUACACUGCUUAUGCGCAAUACAUCCAAUCUAUGUAAACAUUACAGUUCCAGGCUGACUGACAUCAUGUAUUAGUAAAAUCCAACUAGUGGUCUAUUAUCAAUGCGGCAUUCUGAUUGGUUGAGCUACUACUAGGCUAUAUGUUAGAGCCCACUAGUAGUGAAAAGCGAGGGCUUUUUGGCGGCAAAAAAGGAUGAAAGUCACCUCGGCAAAGCAAGCGAGCUCAGCAUAGCCAGCCCAGUUAGUGUAAUCUGUCCCUUGGAGAGUUCCCAUUACUUUUUUUGUAUCAUGUUUGAUGAGCAAGUAUGUCAACCAAUAAAUUCAACAUUGUUCACUCUCUUUCAGUUGUGUAUUCCACUUCUUUGUACCGGUUCUUCAAGUACUUUGAAAAUCGUGAUGUUGCUAAAGAAGUCCUCAAAGAAAGAGGCCUCAAGAAGAUACGACUGGGAAUAGAAGGUAGCCUUUUGUUGGAUGUACAGUAGUCAUUGCUUGCAAUCAGAGUCAUCUGUCAUAUUUUCAGCUUUUUUUAAACUCUGGUUAAAGCCAAAUUUUAACCCGUUAAGACCCGAUAUCAACAUGUGUAUUCUCCUUACUGUUCUUCAUUAUGUUCCUUAUUCCACUGCUUGAGAGAAUUUGAAUUAGUUCAAAGAUCAAGGUAUUUUAUCAGUGCUGAUCAUUCCAUUGAUUCUCUCGACUUGUACAUUUGAUUUGGCAGUGAUAUUGUGGGGAGAAAUUUAGUGCUGGUCACUUUUGGGGCUUGAGGGUCCCUUAAGUGCCAACAAUGCCAUUUCAAAUCACUAUUAUUAAAAUAAUUAUUAAGUGAUGAAAGAAUAGGAUGGGAAACACUAUCAGUUCGUAUGGUCAUCCCGUGGUUGAGUAGAACUUUACACGUGGUCAAAAUCCCCCCAUAAUUUAAAAUGUCCUCUACUCCCACAUGAAUUUUCUUUAUCUGCAAAAUGCCAUAACAAAACCUCUGAUUACCGCAUACUAUACGUUAAUUGACAGGUUACCCAACUUACAAGGAGAAGAUAAAACAGCGACCUAACGGUGGAAGGCCUGAAGGUAGGAUUAAUCAAGCUCUUGUCGCAUUUCAUUGUUUUCUUUUAUCAACUGCAACCUUACCUUCGAGAAAGUAAACGGAAAUAAAAUAAAGCAGGUAAUCUUCAGCGUAGCGUCCCACGCAGACAUUCUUAAAGGUUGGUAACACGUUCCUGCCCCACGAAUGUCUGCUGAAACGAGCGGUAAAAAACGUAGAGAGCCAAAAGAGCGUCUGCGUGGGAGGUUAUCUUCAGCUGACGUUAGUAUGAGUAAUGGGGUAAUUACGGUGUACAGUUGUAUGUGACUCUCGUAGGUCCGCUUUUGUGCUGGAGUUGAUCUUUUUUAUUUAUAUUUCUCAUUUGAACACCUUGCACAAGUAGGAGUUGCGGCGCUGUGUAAUCCUACAAUGCAUCAUAUUACAUGACAUCACGUCACUUUACUCCACAUCACAUCUCAUCGUGUCACGUCACGUCAUGUCAAUUCACGUUACUUCACAUCACAUCACUAUGCGUUACAUAACAUCACGAAAUUUGAAAGUCCUUCCUUAUUUUCCUGAGACAGCGUGAACUGGAUAUGCGAGCGCAUGGAAAUUGCCUGCUGAAUUGCAAGAAGUGUCAAUUCGGUCGCGUGGAUCGCCUGCUUCUUGCACUAUUGGUAAUUAAGAUGAGAGACUAUGGGAUAUCUGCGUAUUACGUUACUUCAACACUAUUAAUGGUUAUAUACUUGUAAUAGUUAUACUAUUCUUUUCCACCUUCAUCUAGUAAUAUACAACUACGUUCAACGGCCUUUUGUGCGCAUGUCAUGGGAAAAAGAAGAAAGCAAGAGCCGCCAUGUUGAUUUCCAGUGCGUGAAGACUAAGACUGGUACUCCAGGGCUGGUGGAGGCUGUAGAUGAACCGGCCGCUUUGGCAGCAGCUGGUGCCGGACCUCACCCCCCUGCUGCCAUAUUGGGUGCGGAUCCAGAAGACAUCGAGUGAUGCUGAAGCAAUGGCCGACAUAUCAGCGAACAAAAUGCUGUCAUCUAUACCAGGGAAUCAUUGCUGUGCGCUUCUAAAGAGACCCCAAGUUUAACUUACGUUGCUCAUCCAUAGACGCGAAAGGAAUGUCCGCAUUAAAAAAAUGGGUGGAAAAGCUGAUUAUUGCAUGCUGACAGGCCUUUAUUCGUUAUUGUUCAUGGUUUAAGGGUGAAGUGUAGCAAGAAGUUUUAUUGAGUUUCGAUCAGCAUUUUUCAAACUUAUUGAUGAUUUAUAAAGAUAAAAUAGAGACCUCGUUCCCAGGCUUUCUCUAUUUCCGUUCCCCUCUAUCACUCCUUAAUAUCACUCCAGGGGAAAGGAAAGAUCGGAGACCUGGUAACGAGUUUGAUUCCAACUUUGAAGAUGGUGCGCAAGUCUGCUGCUGAUGGUAACUAACAUAACAAGCUGUCAUGGUAACACAAGGCGGUACUGCACUGGGGCCGAGUUGUUCAAAGCCUGGUAAGCCCUAAUCUGGUAUAAACUACGGACGUGUUGCCAUGGCGAGCAAACUCAAGUUAAGCGCUCGGCUUAGAAUUUAAUGGGAAGACAUAGUGGAGACUAGUUAGCCAUAUAUAUUUAUUACCAUGCAAUUAGUUAAGUUAGUUUUAGCGAGCUGUUUAGAAAACAGAUCUCUAAAAGUGGGUUGCUAUAUUGAAUUAAGAGUAACACCUUUAUCGAUUUCUUUUGCAACGGGGUGUUCUGAUAAUGGUGUUAAGAUUUAAAGUUGUAGCGACGCGCCAGCUCCAUAAAGAAAAAAAAUUGAGUUCUUGUUGGCGUUUUUGUUGCAUUUUAAAUUGCACUUCAAAUAUCAGUAAUAUAAUAUAAGCGUAUUUAUUUAUUUAACUGCUCUAAAAUCAUUACGAGAUUAUGCAAACAAAAUUUUACGGGUGGUAUGUGAAGUAUAUUUUUCUUUAAUAAGUUCUUAUCUUCUUUGAUCUCCUUAAAUUUCGGCACGCUUUGUCAACAGUCUUUUCAAAGCUAUUACCAAAUUAAUUGCCUUCAGAGUAGAAGAGAAACAGUCUGGACUGACAGUCGUCCCCUCACCCCUACCCCUAGGGGCCGCCACUUACGGGGCUGGGGUAGGGAGGCUGCCUACUCUUGACCAGUUGUCACAUCACUGUAAAGUGGAGUGGAGUAUUACUACUUAUAGGCUUGUAGUGCACAGAAAUAAGCGUGUGUUUGUAAGGAUUACAGGUAUCUCGCUUGUGGUGCUCCAGUUUAUUAGGGAGACUGAAAGCGAGUGAAGUGUCCCUUUAUUCCUCCUUCUCCAGUGCCGGAUCCAGACCUUGAGAAAAGUGGGCGGGGGGGCAGUCAUCCAGGCUCUUAGAUAAGGAGACGGAGGGGCGGUCUCCAAAAAAAUUUUUUCGGCCCCCUUGGGCCUCAGUUUAAUCUAAAAAUAAGGGGAUGGGCCGGGCCCCCCGGGCCCCUCCCCUGUAUCCGCCAUUGUUCUCUCUUCGACAGAAUCGAGUGAGCCGUGAAUAAGCCACUUUCAAAUUGCCCUAAAUACACUCAAAUUUAGCAAACCCAUUGUUUCCAGUUUCUCCACGAUAUUGAAAUAUCGGGCUCAAAUUUUCACUGGUAACUGAAUUUGCUUUGCUCUUUCAACAUUCAGAGGUGUUAUUUUAAUAGCAUGAUCAGAGAACGAAAAGCUUCAAGCUUAUGUUAAUGAUCGAUCUCGUGCCCAGGGCUUUUCGGGUCCUCCCUUCCAUUUUCUUAGGGAAAAGUCCUGGAGACGAGUUUGGUUAAUAAGGCAAAAAUUCGCCUGUAAGUUUGCUGCAGCUUUGCUUAUUUCCCCAGAAAAACCCAGAUUAUCAUGUAUGGGGAAAUGAUAUUUAUGAAGACUUGAUGUUCAGGUUACAGAGCAGUAUGUAUUAUCGAGCAUACUUUAGGUUAAAGGCUUGGUUCUUAUCCAGAGCUUUAAUUUGUCGUAAAUUUUGCUGAUGUUUUCUGAAUACAGUCGCAUCAAAGCACGCUUAUAAUUAAAAAUAAAGGUAAAUUUUGCUAAACAUAUUCUUGGAAUUAAAUU